AUGUCGGAACCCACAGACGCACCUACAGGGCCCUCAAGCAGAGGACGAGGCCGGGGCCGGGGCAAAUCGCGCGGUGGGCUCGGCAAAUACCUGCGCGCUCGCGGACGCGGGCGGGGGGGCGGUCGUCCCGCGGAAUUUGGCACGCGGCUUUUGCUCGAGGGCGAGGGCGGAGGCGGUGCGGAUCUGACGGAGGAAGAGGCUGCGGAGCUCGCGAGGGAGACGGCGGCCAAGUUCAGCCGGCGCCAGCUCGGGUCCAACGCGGAUAGGUACAAGGAGGAGGAAGUCGAGUUGGAUUCGGAUGGAGAACCGAUUUUGGAACCGGAGGUCGAUCUGUCUUCCUUCCUCGAACGACAGCGGAUAUCAGAAGAGCCCAGUGUCAUUCUAAAGGUCGCGGAGAAGAAAGACUAUGAUGAAGACGACGUUGAUACGUCGCUAGCUCAUAUAUCAUCUCACCCCGCACGAAGGGCUGUUGCUGCACCGUCGAAGAAAGGGAAAGUGGAGCAAAUAGUCUGGGACGACGAGCUGGAUGAGAUGACGCGCGAGAAGAACGCAGCGGAGGCGAAUUGGGAGUUGAAAAAUCGAUUUAGAGCCAAAUCAGAGAAAUUACGCAGCAAGCCUAUCGCUCCUGCAGCAACCUCUGCUCGAACGCGAAAACAGGAACUACAAGAAGCACCUGCGUUGCCGCUACCGGAGGGUGCAAAACCGAAGACACAGCUGGAAGAGAUGGAAGACUUCCUUGACGAUCUGCUAACUUGA